AGUUGACAGUCGGUUCUUGGGUCCUCCGCAACACCACCGAAACGCUGAUCCCGGCGCCCCUCCAUUCCACAGGCUUUCCGUUCGUGUUCGUUCUGCUGCUGAUGAAUUAGACGGAUGCGAUACAAGUUCUUAGUGCCCGUACAGUGCCACUCGAACGCCGAGACUCGACCAUCAUGUGGAAGGCUACCGUGGGUCUGAAGUUGGACCUCGACACCAAUGAUGAUGACUGGGAGACCGAUCCGUCAUUUGUCAACGAUGUGACAGAAGAAGAACAACGCUGGGGAAGCCGAACCAUCGAAGGGAGCGGACGCACCGGAGGAGCCAUCAACUUCAAUGAGCUUCGCAAAGAAGUCGAAGACGAAGACGCACAACACAAGAAAACUGUCAUGGGGGAAGCGGUCGAUUCCUCACAUUAUGGCUAUGGAGGAAAAUUCGGGGUUCAGAAGGAUCGCCAGGACAGCAGCGCUGUCGGUCACGACUACGUCGGGAAAACAGAGAAACACUCUUCACAGAAAGACUACGCGACUGGGUUCGGUGGGAAAUUCGGAGUUCAGAAAGAUCGCCAAGAUGAGAGUGCCGUCGGAUGGGACCACAAAGAAAAGAACGCCAAGCAUGAGUCACAAAAAGAUUACUCGAAAGGAUUCGGUGGGAAAUACGGAGUCCAAUCUGACCGAAAGGAUAAAUGCGCUGUGGGAUGGGAACACAAAGAAGAAGUCCAGAAACACGAAAGUCAGAAGGACUACUCGAGAGGUUUCGGAGGGAAAUUCGGCGUUCAGGAGGACCGCAAGGACUCGUGUGCGGUUGGUUGGGACCACAAGGAACGAGUCGACAAGCACGAGUCUCAGACGGACUACGCUAAAGGUUUUGGCGGGAAGUACGGACUCCAAGAUGAUCGCAAAGACAAGAGUGCUCUCGGUUGGGAUCAUCAUGAGAAAACUGAGAAACAUUCUUCUCAAGUCGAUCAUUCCAAAGGUUUCGGAGGAAAGUUUGGAGUUCAAGAAGACCGCCAAGAUCGCAGCGCAGUCGGGUGGGAGCACCGAGAGAAGGUGGAAGCUCAUCCUUCUAAGCUCGACGGUAAAAAGGGUUUCGGGGGUAAGUUCGGGAUCGAGCGCGAUCGGCAGGACAAGUGUGCCCUUGGACAUGGCGAAGGAGUCGGAAAAGCAGCUUGGCUCCGAGACUCCGCAGACGAGCCCGCGAAGCCCCCCGAGAAGGUCAAACCUGAGAUUUCUGUCAAGACGAAGAGUCUCAAAGAACGUUUCGAGAAAAUGUCUCAAGAGUCUGAAGAAGACCGCAAGAAAGCGGCUGACGAGGAGAGGCUCAGACGGAAACAACGAGAGGAGAAAGAGAAGGAAGCUGCCCUUAAAGCCGAGAAAGAGCGAAUGAAGCGGAUCGAGGAAGAGCACAGAAGGGUUGAGGAACUAGAGAGACAAGAAGCCGAAAAGCAGAAAGCUGCCGAGGAGAAGUCGAAAGCUCAAGAAGGACAUAAGACGCCAGAAACGAUCAAGGAGACCCCGAGUCCACAAAAACGGGAGAGCCGAAUUGAAAAGGUGUCCCCCGUACCUGCCGCUGCAGCCACGCCUCCAAGGACCGAGCCCACGGCGGCAGCCUCCGCUGCCGCACCAAUCGCUGCGGUCCCGGUCGCAAGUCCAAGAGCCUCAAACCCAGUCGUUGUGGAAGAAGAGCUGUAUCAGGAGACGCAGGGUUGCACGAGCUACGAAACGACAAUCGACGACGAAGCUAUUUACGAUGAGGUUGCGCCAAAGUCGACCCAAGAGAACAAGAGAGCGGUAGCUCUGUACGAUUAUCAGGCUGGCGACGAUGAUGAAAUUUCGUUCGAUCCCGACGACAUCAUCACCGACAUCGAAGAGAUCGACGAUGGUUGGUGGCGCGGCAAAUGUCCCAAAACCGGAAAAAUUGGCUUGUUUCCCGCGAACUAUGUGCAAUUAGUCUAGAAAUUGACAUUCCUCGCUAUUCUUCUUGCGAACGACAAUACUGAUGGUUUAUGAAAGUGGGAUGAAGACAGAGGGGCGAUUCAUUGAAUUGCCGCAGGAUUCACUUGACCUAGGGCAUACCUCCCGUGCGUACGGCGCGGUGGAAACCCGGAUUCCGGCAAGCCUCCUCGUAGCGGGGAGUCACAUAAUUCUCUAAUCGGGAAGCCUGACGUCGCUGUUUCCGUUAGGACUCCCCUCAUAGUUGAAGAAACUUGCGAACCAGCUCUCGAUCUCCGAGCUGCGAAAACGGUGACCAGCUCGACCUGUGGUCAUCUCCCGAAUCGGGAGGCAUAGGAGCGAACCUUUUAGCCUCUAUUCGAGGCAUAUCGAGCUUUGAAUCAGGAUCAAUGGGAAUCAUAAGCGCAGAUGGCCGAUGAUUGCUGAAGUGGUGAUACAGCAAAGAAAAUAACGAUCCAUUCCGGACACACGUCGGGCGGCGGGAAUGGCGUACUUCCCGUUAAGAGUGAGCUUUGCCUUUCUGCCGUACCCACGAGAUUGUAGUCCUUUCGAAAACGAUCAUAUGCGCCGACCAGCCCCCAUUUGACCAGGAUAAAUACUCGCGUACGAGAGCGAUGCUUUCCUUUUAGAUGUCGAGAAAUUUUCCUUUCGAGAGUCAUGAUCAACGAAAAGCUCUUAACGAACGAGUACUCUGAAUAAAUAGUAAUUGUGUAU